AUUUUUUUUUUUUAUGCAAGCCAUGAUCAGUACUAUUUCCUUUUUUAAACUAUAAAUUAUAUACUUGGCCAAAUAUAUAAUGUGGGGAUAAAUGACAUUAUUGUUGUGACUAUUGUUCUAAAACUUAUAUCAUUUACAAAUUAUCUUUUUUUUUUUAUCAUUUGUUACUUCCUUUCUCUCUCUUUCUGUGUGUGUGCCUCUCUUUUUUUUUUUCAAAAUGUCCACUACCAGUAACUCAAAUAAUGAAGAUAAAAAUAGUAUCGAAAUAACAACACAUCCUUCCCUUUAUAGAGACACUGUCAAUGGCAGAUGUGAACAAAAAGCCGACAUCAAUAUUAACUGUACAUCUGAAAAGGAGACUGAGGCUAAUAAUUGGGAUUUAUAUCCACAAAUAAUACGUGAAAUUGAAAAUGAAGGAACAGAAAAACAAGUUGGACAUCUUCAUGAAUUGGAGCAUAAUACUGUAUCAAGAAAUAAAUAAAAUACU